AAUGUCAGCUCCAUCUCGCACCGUUCUUCGCGAAUUGACAGCGACCAGAUACGUGGUCAACUACAACGAAGAAGAUCACCUGGAAACCGCUCGAGCCGGUUGCUCUGCCCUCCCACCACAACCCAACAUCAAUCAUGAUGUAAUUAUCGAAGGGCAUGGAGAAGACGUGGAGCUCGUCGACGAUCAGAACUACCGUUCCCUGCAUCGUAUCGAUGAGACUCCAAAGCUCGUCGACAAGAAGCCGAGCAAGACAGUCAUCCGCGAUGAAGCUGUCAAAGUGCUCAGAAGCAUUCAAACAAUGCCGAUUGAAAGUCUUCGUCUCAAGCGCUACGACUUCUUCUCGCAAAGAUGGUUCAACACGACCAGAGAAUCGGAGAAAGCGCUUGUCGAGCACGUGCUCCUUCAUCCCAAUCAGCGACCACACUAUUUCGCCGCUCAGUGCCGCAUGCUGUUGGUCGAGGAUAUCUCCAGUUUGAUUCUGACUUCCUUCCUGGCCGAGCCGAAAGAGACGGGUCAAAAUGUGGUUCGAUUCGCGAUCCAGGCAACGACUGAAAUGCCAUUCCAUCUAUUGUUUGCUAUGCUCGAACAACUGGAGAUGGAAAACGAAGGAUUCCAGAUGACAGACAGCUUUGUGGUGGCAACGUUGAACCGAUCACAGGGCAGAACUACCACUCGUCACCUGCGAACCACAAACUGCCGGGAAUACGGAAAUCUCGAGCCAGGACUCGAUUCACAAGGCCGACUGAUGGCCUCGACUGCAUCAAUCACGUGUUCUAUCCGAGGAAAGCGCCACGUGGAAACGAGGAUCGUGUACAAUAACAACUCGAACGCCAGGAAUACUUCAGGGAGAAGUAGAUACAUCGAAUUGGAGCAAACAGUGAAGUGCAAGAACCGACGUGUGCUGAUUGUCGAAGAUCCAGUCGAAAUCCACGAAUUUGAGAUCGAAAAGGACAUGAUCCCGCUGGGAAAGGGAAUUGUGCCAGUCGAGGACCUGAUCACGUUCCUCGAGACAUUCAAACUGGAUGAAGAGGACGAGUAACUCCAGACAUAUGUCCUAUAAUUUGUAAUGUACAUAAUUCUGUAUUAUUGUAUCAGUGGUUCUUGUUGAAUAUAUCAACUAACUUUCCCCUUUAUUUUAUUUUCCUUUUUUGUUUUGGUCGUUUCCUGUAUAUAGAUUCUCCGCUGCCCCAAACUAUUUUGCUUAUGUUUAACAUGUAUAUUGCUUGAAUUAACAUUGCCAGAAUAUGAACUGGUUGAUUUUGCAAUCUUUUUAACGAUGAGAUGAAUUAUAUAUUAC